AUGCCCCCUACACUGGGUACUCCCUUCUGCUGGACUGCUGCCAUCGUCAACCUCACUAUCGUGCCGCCCUACAAGGCCCCCAUGCACCCUGCGCCCAGCGCCGCCAGCCGCCGGAUCUCAGGCUACCCUGUGCAGGCCGCUGACUCGCGGCCCGCGCUGCAGCGUGACUGGAAGGCGCCGGUGGAGCUGGCAAACCUGCAGGGACCCGAGAAGCUGCCGCGACUCCCGGAGGUGGCCCGGCGCCGCCGCAGCCGCAGCCGGCGCCGCCGAAGCUUACAGCAGCAGAUCGGCGCUGCUGUGAUUCCGCCUGAGGUUGCCGCCGCGCAUGCAGCCAAGAUUGCCACCGCAGCCGGUGCUGGCGGCAGCAGCGACGGCCUCGACCGCACCAGCAGCGCCGCAGCCGGUCAGAGCACGGCGUGCGCCGCUGGCCCCGGCUGCUUCACCCCACGCGGCGGGUUCAGCGGGCUGGACGCGCCCCCGGCGGGCACGAUGGGGCUGGCCGUCGGCAAGCAGCACGUCGUGCAGGUGGCCGGCGGCGUGAUGACGGUGUUCAACCUCGGAGGUACUGGGAUGAAGUCGACCGUCGUCCGCACCGUCUCCCUCCAAAAGUUCUUCGCGGCCGUGGCCCCCAGCUGCGAGGGGGCCCACGACGGCGCCGCGCUGUACGACAAGCACGCCGGCCGCUUCGUCGUCGCGGCGUCGUGCGGCGGGUUCGGGCGCAUCCUUGUGGGGGUUUCCGCGACGGGCAGCGCGGCGGGCACGUGGUACCAGUUUGGUCUGAUCGCCGACGCCGUGAACACGCCCCUGGAGUGCAAGGCGCCUAAGGAGCAGGCCCUGGCCGACUACCCCCAGCUGGGGUACAACAAGGACGGGCUGUUCGUAUCGUACUUUUCGUACUGCCCGAGUAACCCGGACGUGGCGGGCGCGUCGGUGCUUGCUCUGCCAAAGUACAAGGCUUACCAGGGUUCCCCCUCCAUGUACUAUGCCGUCUACACCGCCGCAGACGUGGCUGCGUCUGCUCAGCUGCUGGGCGGGGCGGCGUCUGUGCGGCAGCUGCAGCCGGUGGUGCCGCAGUCGGCGGCUGACGUGCAGGAAGGCAUGACCUACUUUGUGACUGAUAACCUGCCUCGUCCGGGCGCCAAGCGCAGCAACUUCACUCUUGUGGCGCUGACCAACACCGGAGCUCUUUGGGGCUAUGCCGCCGACGUCAACGGCGUCCCCGCGCCCACGCUCGUGGCGACCACGGCUGUGAUGUCCAAGAAUAAGAUAAUGCUGACGACCCGCGCCGAUGUCACCGAAGAGAGCGGCCGUUAUAACCCCCGUCCUGGGGUGAUCUGGGCCGAGGUUGAGCCGUCAGUCAAGUGGGAGACCGCCCAGGGAAACUUCAACGAGACAAAGUUCACCGUGCCGGCCGAGGAGUGCUCAAGCGCUGUCCAGAGCGGCAUGGCGCCGACGUUUGACUGGUCAAAGGACUUUUCGCUGACCUACGGGUCCGAGUUCGCAAAGAACUGGAGCUGGUCCCUCAACGCCUACAGGGCUGCGUCUGCGAUCAAGACCAAGGCGCCCAAAGACGCGAUGCGCGCUGCCGCCGUGGUGCUGGACCGCGCCUCGCGGCUGGAGGAGGCGGCCAAGACGUCGCCGGCCGCCAACUUCCAGGUCAUGGGGUUCCCGCAAGGGACAGCUGCGGCAGGGGGCAGGGGCGGCGGCGGCGGCGGUCCCUUGGGCUCUGGGAGGUACAGGGGGCGCAAUAACAACUGUGGCUGCGAGAACAGCUGCGGCUACAAUGACGUGAGCACGUACAACUAUGUCUACAACUUUGAUGACUACUGCGACGCCGGCAGUAAUCAGUGGGGCCCAGAGACAGGGAAUGACAUGUUUGGCUCCACGUACAAUGGUGCCUACUGCACAGGGGACUCGACUUUUGGUCUGGUGGGCAACCAUCAGUACGACGAGUGCUGGCGCUUUUGCCUCAUCCGCUGCAGUCCUCGCAAUGGCGGCGUGGGCGGCUCAGUCAAUGCCGGCUAUGGCUUCUACGGGGCGACAAAUUUCUAUCCGAGUUUCUUCUAUGCGAGCGUCAAGGAUGGCACGUCCCCUGCCGCAGUCCGGCCCGCAGUCCUCCCCCCCGCAACCGAGGGCAAGGCGGCGCAGCCGACGCAGCCGAUGAAGGCCGCUGCGUGCGCCUCCCGCGUUGCCCUGGGCGCCGUCGUCCUGCGUGCCGGCUGGGUCGACCCGGGCGCCGCGCUUGGACUCGCGUUCCCGGCAGUUGCAGUCGCCUCUAACGGCGCGGCGGUCCUAGCGUUUACGUAUGCGGGGCCUGGGAAGACGGCCGACGACAUGGCGGACGCGUACCCUGGGGUGGGCGCUGCCUUCAUCGACGGCAGGGCGGCGGGGUCCGUUCCAAUGUCCACCCUUCAGCGCUCGUCCUCGCCCAUCGCGCUGGCCGACACGGGCGGCGCGCUCACCUGGGGCGAGCUGAGUGCCGCUGAUGUGCACCCUGUGACGGGGACGGUGUACGUCUCGGUUCGCCGCGGCGGGCAGACGCGCACGGGGCGCGCACACGUCGCGACUUGGGUCGGCGUCAUCCCUAUGACAGUGAAUUGA